AAGCCCUAGAGGUGGCCAAGGCAGCGAGAGCAGGUGAAUCCAAUAUCGCUGCUCUCUCUUCUCUCUUCCCGCUCUUCUCCCCUCCUCUUCUCACCCCCACUUCUCCCUGCCAGCUCCCCUUGAUCGGCACCCUUUCAGAGGCUCUAGAGGUGGCCAAGGCAGCGAGGGCAGCGGGGUGGGCAGUGGUGGUGGCAGGUGGGGUGGGACGGCAGGGGGACACGGAGGACUGCAUGCUUGCUGACGUGGCAGUGGGCAUGGGGGCCCAGCGAAUCAAGGCUGGGGGUGUGUGUCGGGGCGAGCAAUGCUCCAAGUAUAAUCAGCUUUUACGGAUUGAGGAAGAGCUUGGAAGCAAGGCGACUUAUGGAGCAGGAACAGCAAAUGUGAUUCCACCAAGCAAAUGA